AUGUCUGUGUCGCCAGAGUUCUUCAAGCCCAACAUGCCGGCCUUCUCGCCGGCCUGUGCCGCGCAGCCGCCGCUCGUGUUUGGCGCUGGCGCCAGCGGGGACGACGAUGACUACUGCACGACGCCAACAGGCUGCAGGAUCUCCUACCUGAGGGAGCCCACCACGUGCCCAGCGGCGCCCAAGAAUCAGUCGCCGCCGCCGCCGUGCUGUAGGAAGCGCCUCUUCCAGCCCCAGCCUCAUGGGAUCAGCACUGUUAGCCUUUAA